AUGCCGAAGAGUAACCAUAUCCCAAAAGAAGUCGACAUAGUGAUUGCUGGAGGAGGAACGACAGGCAUCGUUGUAGCCUCGAGGCUUGCCAAAGCGGAUCCUAAUCUGUCAAUCCUCAUACUUGAACAUGGCCCCGAUGUUCGCGACAAUCCUCAAGUUGUGAAUCCCGCAUUAUUUCCCACCAACCUCCUUCCUGGAUCGAAAACGGCUACAUUCUACACUGCCGAGCCUUCUGAGUAUCUAAACGGUAGACAGUCUAUUGUUAUGACAGGAGGAUGUCUUGGGGGAGGCAGCUCGAUUAAUUUCCUUGUUUACGUUCGGCCGCAGGAGAUUGACUUUGAUGAUUGGAAAGCAGAAGGCUGGUCAGGCAAGGAGAUGAUCCCAUUCUUUAAAAAGUUUGAAAAUUUUCAAGAUACCGAUCCGGAGGUUGAUACAUCGAUACAUGGCUAUGGUGGAGAGUUGAGUGUUGGACCGGGCUUAAAUGCGCAGGAGGAGUUGCAACAAGACUUUUUCCAGGCUUGUGAGGCCCUCGGUAUUGGCAGAGUGGCCGAUGUUCAGGAUUUCAAAACAUCGAAUGCCGUUGGAAAAUGGAACAGUUGGGUCGACAAAAACGACGGACUCCGUCAGAAUGUCCCCCGCGGUUUUCUAUAUCCUAUACUGGACGCCAAAAACACAGGGCUACAGGUUGCCACCGAAGUAAAAGUUGGACGAAUUUUAUUUGCGAAGGACACGAAUCGUGCUAAUGGAGUGGAAUAUUUCAUUGGCAAGGAUUCUGAGCCCGGGGUUGUUUAUGCUCGCAAACAAGUUAUUCUGGCUGCGGGUGCACUUGGGUCACCACAAAUCCUUGAGCGCUCAGGCGUGGGGGACUCAAGCCUGCUUUCACAGUUACGUAUCCCUAUAGUCAGUGGUCUACCAGGUGUUGGGUCAAGUUAUCAAGACCAUAAUCUGGUAUUAUACACUUAUAAGUCCACGGCAACAAAAGAACAAACCAUAGACGGAAUACGCAGCGGACGGCUUAGCAUUGAAGACGCAUACAAACAGAAACUUACUGCUCCAGACCGGUACAUUCUCGGUUGGAACGGCUUUGACUGUUUCGGAAAACUGCGACCAUCGGAAGAGCAGAUAAAAUCGUUCGCUCCUUCUCUGAAAGAGUUAUAUGACAGAGAUUUCAAAGACCGCCCAGAGAAGCCGAUGAUGCUAUUUGCCAUCCUUGCCGGCUACCUCAGUGACCACUCAACUAUCGAAAGCGGACAAUACUUUAGUUGUGUGCCUUACACUGCUUACCCUUAUUCUCGGGGCUCGAUUCACGUGAAAUCUACCUCUCCAUUUGACGUCCCAGAAUUCAACCCAGGCUUCUUCUCUAACGCAGCGGAUGUUGAGCAGAUGCUGUAUGGCUACAAGCUUCAGCGAGAAGUUGCGCGACGCUUGGCGCAUUAUCACGGGCCUCUGGAAAUAACACAUCCCAAAUUUCCUCCCGGGUCAAAAGCCUCCUAUGAGCAUGUGGACGCUCUUUCUGCCGAAAGGGGAUUUCCUGUGCCUAUUGAAUACACCGCAGAGGACGAUGAUGCUAUUAGAGAUUUUCUUCGUCAAGCAGUCGGGACGACAUGGCACAGUAUGAGCACGUGCUCCAUGAAGAAACGUGAGCUAGGUGGCGUUGUCAACGAAAGGUUGAACGUAUAUGGUGUUGAAGGGUUGAAGGUUGUCGAUCUCUCAAUUUGCCCUGAAAAUGUCAGCGCUAAUACCUACUCGACGGCCCUAGCCAUCGGAGAGAAGGCUGCUACCCUUGUGGCUGAAGAACUGGGCAUCACACUUUAA